AGUGGGAAAGAGUGAACAAAAUUGGGGUUGCUUCGCCUUGCAUUGCUCUGGUGAAUGGUUGUAUAUAAUAUUGUACUCCUCCUUAUCCAAGGAGUGAAGGCCGCGAGGAAGCAAAUGGAUGGUGAUGGUGAUUGGAUUGAAGAGAGCAGCGUAAGGUUGCUGGGAAGCAGCGGCGGCGGGGAGUCGCGGCGUUGGGUGGACGGGAGUGAGGUGGACUCGGAGUCGCCGCCGUGGUCGUUGGCUGGCGAUGGGGAAGGGAGAGAAGGAUAUGGGACUGUCAGAAGAAGGCUGAUUAAGAAGCCCAGGAGAGUUGAUUCCUUUGAUGUUGAAGCCAUGGAGAUUGCCGGCGCUCAUGGUCACCAUCACAAGGAUGAUUCUCUUUGGAGAACUUUGGCGUUGGCAUUUCAAACACUCGGUGUUGUAUAUGGUGAUAUGGGAACAAGCCCUCUCUACGUCUUCUCUGAUGUAUUCAGCAAGGUGCCUAUCACUUCAGAUGUGGAUGUCUUGGGGACUUUGUCGCUAGUAAUCUACACAAUUGCUCUCAUUCCAUUAGCAAAAUAUGUCUUCGUCGUGCUCAAGGCAAAUGACAGUGGGGAAGGUGGAACAUUUGCAUUAUACUCAUUGAUUUGCAGGUAUGCAAAUGUUAAUCUUCUUCCAAAUCGUCAGCCAGCCGAUGAACGCAUUUCCAGUUUCAAGCUCAAGUUACCCACUCCUGAACUGGAGAGAGCUUUGACCAUAAAGGAGGCCUUGGAGCGUAAGGCUUUCUUGAAGAAGUUUCUCUUACUACUUGUUCUUAUGGGGACUUCUAUGAUUAUAGGGGAUGGUAUUCUUACGCCAGCUAUUUCAGUUAUGUCUGCUGUGAGCGGUCUGCAGGGUCGGAUACCAGGAUUUGGCACAGAUGCUCUUGUUGUUACAUCAAUUAUUAUUCUUGUGGGGCUGUUUAGCAUACAAAGGUUUGGAACGAGUAAAGUAGGCUUGACAUUCGCUCCUGCACUUGCACUGUGGUUCUUCAGCCUGGGAGCAAUUGGACUCUACAACAUGCUCAAAUACGAUGUAACUGUUAUAAAGGCCGUGAAUCCUGCCUAUAUAUAUCUUUUCUUUAAGAAGAAUAGCAGUGAGGCAUGGUCAGCACUUGGUGGUUGUGUUUUAUGUAUCACAGGUGCAGAAGCAAUGUUUGCUGAUUUAGGCCAUUUUUCAGUGCCAUCCAUACAGAUUGCUUUCACCGCCGUUGUCUUCCCGUGCCUUCUCUUAGCUUACAUGGGUCAAGCUGCAUACCUUAUGAAAAACCCUCAUGACACCAGCAGGAUAUUCUAUGAUUCUGUCCCAGAGAGUUUGUUCUGGCCUGUGUUUGUCAUAGCAACAGUUGCAGCUAUAAUUGCUAGCCAGGCUAUGAUCUCCGCCUCGUUUUCAUGUGUUAAACAAGCCAUGUCCCUCGGGUGCUUCCCUAGGCUGAAGAUCAUCCACACUUCAAGAAAACUCAUGGGCCAGAUCUACAUCCCUGUGAUCAACUACUUCUUGAUGGUCAUGUGCAUCAUUGUGGUUGCCGUUUUCAGAAGCACAACAGAGAUAGCGAACGCAUAUGGCAUUGCUGAGGUUGGUGUUAUGAUAGUCAGCACUGCAUUGGUGACGCUGGUUAUGCUUCUCAUAUGGCAGACCAACUUGUUCGUCGCGCUCUGCUUCCCCCUCGUGUUUGGAACUAUUGAGCUGAUAUACUUAUCCGCUGUUCUGUCCAAGCUAUUAGAAGGCGGGUGGCUCCCUUUAGCAUUCGCGUCCUUCUUCCUCUGCGUGAUGUACACAUGGAACUACGGGAGUGUGUUGAAGUACCAAAGCGAAGUACAAGGGAAGAUCUCGAUGGACUUUAUGCUUGACCUUGGGUCCUCCCUCGGGACAGUAAGAACACCAGGGAUCGGGCUGGUGUACAACGAGCUGGUUCAAGGUAUCCCCUCUGUUUUAGGGCAGUUCCUACUCGACCUCCCGGCUAUCCACUCGACCAUAAUCUUUGUCUGCAUCAAGAAUGUCCCUGUGCCGGUUGUGCCUCAGGAGGAGAGGUUCCUGUUCAGGAGGGUCUGUCCCAAAGACUACCAUAUGUUCCGUUGCAUUGCUCGUUACGGAUACAAGGACAUACGGAAGGAAGAUCACCGUGCGUUCGAGCAGCUUCUGCUCGAGAGUCUUGAGAAGUUCCUAAGGAAGGAAGCUCAAGAAGUUGCUCUUGAGAGCAGCAUUGGGGAGCAGGAUCUUGACAGCAUCUCUAUGUGGUCAAGAGACGAUGAGGUCCAAGAUUUAGACGAGACAAGGGUCCCCUUGAUGCGCGAAGCAGCACAGACCUCGACAUCUAGGGAAUCAAAUGCAGGGGAGGAUCUGCCAGCCAGUGUGAUGUGUGCAGAUGAGGAUCCUAGCCUGGAAUACGAGCUGGCCGCGCUGAGGGAGGCGUCUGAGUCGGGGUUCACGUACCUGCUGGCGCACGGCGACGUGCGGGCGAGGAAGAAGUCUGUGUUCUUGAAGAAGCUGGUGGUGAACUACUUCUAUGCAUUCUUGAGGAAUAACUGCAGGGGUGGUGUUGCAACUAUGAAGGUGCCUCACAUGAACAUAUUGCAAGUUGGUAUGACUUAUAUGGUUUGAUAUUUUGUACUAUAUCAAACUUGUGUUUUAUUGAAUAUUCCUCGUGUUUGUAAGCAUCUUGUAAUAAUAUGUUAUAUUGGAUUUUUAUGCCGCUUUCUUUCA